GAGUGUGAAAGUGCGCUAAAAAACCCAGGCAGCCAGUGGGAGAGCUAGAGAGCGAGGAGAGAGACACAGGGGAAAGGCAAAAAAGCAUCUGAGAAGGGAGCAGGAACGGGAGUGUGAGACAGCUAUGAAAUUCAUCCAGGCUAUCUGCUUACUGCUUCUCUUCCCUGCUUUGAGCCUCAACAGCAGACAAAGCUACGAUGGUCUGGAGAAAAAGCUAAAAGAAGUCUUCAGUGAACGAAGCAGCAUCUUGCAUCAACUCUCAAAGACAUCAAAGGAACUGGAUAGCAUAAAAGGCAACCUUCAGUCCCUGAAAAAUGAUGAGUCAGUGGCCAAGAAGGACGUGCAAAGGAUUCUGGAGCUCAGCCACAAACAGAGAGAGGAGAUGAAGUCCCUCCAGGCAGCCCUGCAGAAGCAGCUGGAUGAGGCAAAUGAGAGAGCUGAAAAGCAGCAGGCCACGAUAAAAUUUCUGAAAGUGGAGAUGGAGAAAAAAACCAAAAUCAUCAAGGAUUUACAACAAGAGAACAAGAGCCUAAAAAAUAAGCUACUCUCUGGAAACAAACUUUGUGACGCAUACGCUGAAGAGUCCAAAAAAAUCCAGGCUCAACUGAAAGAACUGCGGUACGGGAAGAAGGAUUUAAUUUUUAAGGGGCAGCAGCUUCUGGACUUGGAGCAUAAGCUAACCAUCGCCAAGGAGGAAUUAGAGAAGACGGCGCUUGAUAAGGAGUCACAGCUGAAGGCACUGAAGGACACAGUUCACAUCUGCUUUUCAGCUGUCCUGCACAACCAGCCCAGCAGCAGUCACAGAUUCCCCACCUCUCCCAGCCACCUAUUCAGAUACUCAUCGCUCAUCAACAGCUCCAGAGUCACCUUUCAGCAGCCACAUGCUAAGGAUAUUUCCAAAGUUCAGAGAAUUGUUACCUCCAGUAAAUCUCCCAUGAACAUCAGUGAAAUGACGAGGGGAGAGAGUGUCGGAGUUAAAGAGUGCCAGAUGGAAAAGACCACAGGUGAAUGCUUCCAGAAUCAGACGGCCGGAUCAGCUCCAGAAAGCAAAAGCUUACCAGACAUUCAGCAGCAAAAGGGCCAAGUGCAGAGUGGACAAUUUGACACAAAGCUGUCACAUAACAGCAAGGAUGCAGACGGAGAGAGCAGCAAAAAGACAAAGCCCCACGAAUACAACUGAGCAGACGGCAUGUCAUCGCAGAGCAGGCUGCGUCGCCUGGAGGAUCUUUCUAUAAGAGCACACACUUGCGCACUGUUACAAGGAAAAAAAUGUGCGCCCACACACUUUGACUUACACGCUCACUUUUUAAAACAUAAACACACACGCAAAAACAGCACGACAUAUGCAUAUCAGCAUUGUUAGAGAAAGCUGAGAUACUGGAACUCUCAACAAAAUUCAAACUGUCAUCUGACAACCUUCAUAGUAAAAUGGCAUGCGUUUAGAUAUUCUUUUCAAAGGUAGCAAUGGCACUCGUAACUUGUUUCAUGAUUGUUCAUUUGUUGUUUAAUUCUCUGAGUUUUAUUAUAAGUGAGGACACUGCUUUCUAAAUGUGUGAUCUUUCUAGAAAUACCCUUUGCACUGGUGAGGUCUGACACUGUUUCCUGUGAUAAGUAUAUCAAUUGACAAAAAAAGUACUCCUAUUAUUACUUCUACUACAACUACCACUACUACUACCCAACUUAGAAUAUUGUUUGUCACUCAUUGUAGCAAGGUUAAUUUACUCCACAUUUUGAAAUAUAAAGGCUCAAGUUGGCUGGCCAACUGUUCAACAUUUAAUAUUCAGCACUCUUUCUGCCUUUAACACUCCUGAGGCAAAGAGCCAAAGACUCACAAUGGGUCGUCUCCCUGAGAAUGUGCCAUGCACUGAGUAGUAACUCCUAGCUACAUGUAUCUGUGUUAUCUGACCUUCCUGUGUCCUUUAAAUAAACUGUAAUUUUCAGUAAAUGUGUGAAGAAUAAAUGGUGAUUUGUGGGAAAGAAA